AUGUCAAAAAUCGCUCUGUCGCUUAUUAUUUUCACCGUUUUAACGACUACUGCCUCAUCAGCUGUUUCAUCAAAAUCCAAAGAAUAUUUAAAGCUAAAAGAUGUUCUAAACAAAGCAAAGGAAACGUUGCAAUCCAUCCCAGAAGCCAAUCAGUUGUCAAAAUACAUUAAAAAAAUUAAUUUUGAUUGUAUUGAGGAAAAGUUGAAUUUAAUAAAUAAUGGCGAGAAAUCAGUGACUGUUUAUGAAGGCCAACUUGUCAUUUUAUCAUCAUACCUCAAGUGUAUUGAUGAGGAUCAGCCAAAACUCCUUAAUUUGAUCAUUAAUUCAAUGGGACUCGAUAAGAACGACGACAUUGUCGACUGUGCAAAAUUAAAGCUGCACAAAAUCGAUCCAAAAUCAAGAUUUAUCGACAAUUUCGAUAUUAAGUCAGUCAAUGCAUCAUAUGCUGAAUAUUGUGAGAUAUUUACAUCUGAUAAAGGUUUCGAUGAGAGUGUGACAAAUUUAGAAGAGCUUUUUGGUCCACUUGAAGAAUUCACAUGCGGUGCAGUCAGCAAACUUGAUGUAAUCAAAUUCAUUGUCAAUAUCCAUGUCCUGCCUUUUGAAAUCAGAGAGAACGUGAGAGUUGUGAUGACAACAGAGAUGAUUGAGACAUUUAAAAUGAAGAUGAUCAGCACAGCUGACUGCAUUAUCGGCAAAACUCGAUAA